CUUGGAAGGACCCGGACACCUGGGUGCCCCUCCGGGACCCUUGGCAGGACCUGGACAUUUGGGUUCCCUUGGAAGGACCCGGACACCUGGGUGCCCCUCCGGGACCCUUGGCAGGACCCGGACACCUCAUGGGACCCAUUGGGUCACCAUGCCCCGAUGCCUAGGUCCCUCACGAGACCCUCGGUGUGGGUGCAGGCCUCGGACGCCUGGGUCCCCCCAUGGGUCCCCCAUUCUCCCCACCACCACCACCACCACCACCACCACCACCGCAGGCCACGACCACAGGGGCCCCCCCAGGGGCAGCAGCUCCUCCCCAGCCACAGGCGCCGGGGCGGGAAGGACCACGGCAUCCGGGUGCUGCACCGACGUUCCCAUUGUCCCCCGCGACACCCCAGGGCGCAGGCGCGGCACUGCCGGCUUCCGGCACCCCCGAGAACCCCCAGGCUCGGCCGGGUCCCGCCGCCGCUGCCGCCUGUACCUGGGGGUCCCCAAGGCCACCGGACCCUCCCCAGACGUGGGCACGCCGGGGGGGGAAAGGAGCCCGUCGGCACCCGGUCUUCUCCAGGCGUGACGGCAGCGGUGGGAAGGAGACCGACGCCAGCCGCUUCUCACCGCCGGCGGCUGCGCCGUGGGGCCCCAUCGCCACCAGUUCCUCCCCAGACGUGGUGGUUCUUGGCGGGGAAAGACCCCCCCUUGCUGUAGGAGCCUCCCCAGAAGCGGUCGAAGACUCAUCUCCAUCGGCUCACCAGAAGUCAUCCCACCAGGGCCUCACCUCUGUCAGCUCCUCACUGGACGUGGUCCCACCAAGGCCUCACCUCCAUCGGAAACUCCCGAGAAGUGGUUGCACUGCAGGACUUCGUUUUCUGCCUCUCCUCCCCAGGAGUGGUCCCACCAGGACCCAUCUCCACUGGCUCCUCCCCAGAAGUGGUUGCACUGCAAGACCUCAUCUUCUGCUGCUCCUCCCCAGAAGUGGUCCCACCAGGACCUCAUCUCCAUCGACUCCUCCCCAGAAGUGGUCCCACCAGAACUUCAUCUCCAUUGACUCCUCCUCAGAAGUGGUUGCACUGCAGGACCUCAUCUUCUGCUGCUCCUUCCCAGAAGUGGUCCCACCAGGACCUCAUCUCCAUCAACUCCUCCCCUGAAGUGGUCCCACCAGGACCUCAUCUCCAUCGACUCCUCCCCAGAAGUGGUUGCACUGCAGGACCUCAUCUCCAUUGACUCCUCCCCUGAAGUGGUCCCACCAGGACCUCAUCUCCAUCGACUCCCCCUCAGAAGUGGUCCAACCAGAACCUCAUCUCCAUUGACUCCUCCUCGGAAGUGGUCCCACCAGGACCUCAUCUCCAUCGACUCCUCCCCUGAAGUGGUCCCACCAGGACCUCAUCUCCAUCGACUCCUCCCCAGAAGUGGUCCAACCAGAACCUCAUCUCCAUCGACUCCU